UAUUAAAUAGAAAUUGGAUUUCUCUUAUUACUGCUGUUCUGUAAUCAUGUUUUGCAAUUUGGUUUGUUUUGGGCUUAAAUAUAGAAGUGUAUAGAGUAGUGGGUUUUCUUCAGGGAAUGAUAUGGUGGAGAGUGGAACUGGAAUAUGGUAGUGCUCUCUCUCCAUGGUCAUGGGGAUUUUUGUCAAUUGGACUGUCCAUAUUGUGGUUGGUAUCAUGGGUGUGAAGUGAUUCAACAGACAUAUUAAUUGGAUGUUCUAGGACACCCCAUCAGUGCCUUCAAAGCGCAGUAGGAAAAAUAAAUGUUUGAUGGUCGACAUUCAGUUCAGAAGUGAAGUGAUGGAUAGGAUUGUCCGAUAUGCGUGGGUUUUGUAUCAUGGAUCAUCCAUGAUAUGUCCCAUUAGAUGGAGGGACCCCAUUGGUAAGUCCCCUUGCCAAGUUUGUGGUGAUUAGGAUCUUCAAUAUUCCAAUUUCACCCACUCUGUCGUAUUGUUUUUGGUUUUCUCUAUAGUAAUAAGAGGACUUCAGUACAAGACAUAGAAAUUCUUUUUCUGUGUGUGUUUGCUUGGCUCGUGAGGCGCUAUGACCCUUGAUAGAGUGGGAUGGCAAAACAGGAUUUAUGUAGCCAACCUCAAUUAAUUGGGAUAACGCUUAGAUGAUGAUGAUGAUGAUUAUGUUGAUAUAUUUCUUUGGCCCAUGGCCAUUUCAAGAUGUAAGAAACAUAAUAUCUGAUUUUGGAAUUUCCCCUCCGUUGAAUUUUCAAAAAUUAGCGAAUUGCGGCGAUUUCGUGCUCUAUUAGAAAGACAAAGCAGAGCUCUUUUGCAUCCACAUGAGUAUCCUUCAUGAUUUUGGAAAUUCUUCUAAAAGUUGAAAUUCCAAAAUUUUGAAUUGUUUUUCUCAUGGCCUGAGCAAACAUGGCCUUGUAAGCUCAAUGGCAAUUGAGUCUCUCUCUCUCAACGUUUUGCCUCUCUUAUUCUGUUUCUCUUCUUCUCUUAAUGAUAAAUUUACUCGUUCUCAUGUCCAUGGCAUAUAUCAGCAAGAUCCAGCCAUUCAUUUGGUAGGGCUCACUGUGACCGUUCCCUAGACUGGACAUCAUGCUGAUUUACUCAUCAUGUAGGCCAUGCAUGUAUGGUGAAUAUGGACCGCGGGUCCUUUUUUUUUUUCUAAUGGUACAUUUUUCUCAUAAAGUGAGGCCAACCUGAUGAGGGGACUAUUUUGGUCUUUGGGCCAGGGCACACUCACAGUUUGCCAUGCCUGAUGAAUGUCCCAAAGCUCCCGCAUGUGUGCAAUGUUGGCUCAUGUGCUAGCAAGGAUCGGGAGUUAGGAGUUGCCUGUGGUGAAAUCAAGGCACUGAGAGCAACUGAAGUUCUGAAAGACAAGGCCGUGGUAGAGCUUAGCAAUGAACUGAGGAAAAUCGACGAGAAGCUCAGAGUAACUGAAAAUCUUCUUGAACAAAAGAAUCUUGAAAUCAAGAAAGUAGUCCGUGAGAAGAAAGAGGCAUUGGCUGCACAGUUCGCAGCGGAAGCAGCACUUCGAAGAGUUCACGUGACUCAAAAAGAUGAUGACUGCAUUCCAGUCGAGGCCGUUAUUGCGCCUCUUGAGUCCGACAUUAAAAUGUACAAAAAUGAGAUUGCUAUACUACAAGAGGAUAAGAAGGCCUUGGAACGUCUAACCAAGUCAAAAGAGGCAGCUCUACUCGAAGCCGAGAAAAUUUUGAAAAGUGCUAUGGAGAGGGCGUUGAUAGUAGAGGAAGUUCAAAACCAGAACUUUGAGCUGAAGAAGCAAAUCGAGAUCUGCCUGGAAGAGAACAGAAUUCUCGACAAAACCAAUCGUCAAAAGGUUGUCGAGGUUGAGAAGCUCAGCCAAACCAUUCGUGAACUUGAGGAGUCUAUUCUAGCAGCUGGUGGUGCUGCCAAUGCCAUACAUGAUUAUCAGCGCCAGGUUUCUGAAUUGAAUGAAGAGAAGCGGGCACUUGAGAGGGAGCUCGCACGAGUGAAAGUUUCAGCAAAUCGGGUCGCAGCUGUGGUUGCGAACGAGUGGAAGGAUGAGAACGAUAAAGUCAUGCCCGUCAAGCAAUGGCUAGAAGAGCGGAGGUUCUUGCAGGGGGAGAUACAACGACUAAGGGACAAGCUAGCAGUGUCAGAGAGAACAGCAAGGGCAGAAGCGCAACUUAAAGAUAAAGCAAGAUUGAGGCUAAAGACAUUAGAAGAAGGUUUGAAGCAUGUGUCAAGUUUCUCAGCCAAUCCCAAUGCAUCUUCUACAUCCCAACAAACAGAAAAGAAGUCUGAACAUGUCUUGGGAUUCUUACCCAAUAACGCCGGACCGAGACAGAGAUCAACAUCUCAGCCUAGACAGAGAUCAACAUCUCAGCCUAGAGCUUCUCUUGCUGUCAAUAAAAGCUCAGUAUUGCAGCAGCCGAACGUGAGGCCAGAAACUGCUGAUGCAUCUAGAAAUCUUAAACGAGUGAAUAGCUUGAAAAUGAAGUAUGCUGCAAGUGAAAAUAUGUUGAAAAAGCACUUAUGGGCUCCUAGAAAUAAAUUUGCUGAUGAUGGAAAGGAAAACACGGAAAGAAAGGUGAAUUCAGAUGCCAAUGUCCAUGGUUUUAUUCAUGAGGCAGUGGUUUCGGAACAAAUCAAGACCAAGUUUGCUAGUGACACGGACUCAGAAAAUAAGAGAGUAACAGACAGUGGCAGUGAAGAUUUAGUCUCUGGCUUUCUGUAUGAUAGGCUACAGAGAGAGGUUAUAAAUUUAAGAAAAACAUGCGAGGAGAAAGAUGGGUCUUUGAGCACCAAAGAUCAAGAAAUUAAGAUGCUCAUAAAGAAGGUUGACGCGCUGUCAAAGGCCAUGGAAAUAGAGUGUAAGAAAAUGAAAAGAGAAGCAGCAGCUAGGGAGAAGGAAAUAACGGCAGCAAAAUCGGAGGAUAAUAAACUAAGGAGCAGAAACAUGAAUAUCUCUAAGAGAGCCUUGAAACCUCAAGAAGCUUCCGGAAACUCAAGAAGCUAAGGCGAUUGUGGAAGCCUCUCUCCAUCACCUACAUCGUCUGAAUUUCAUGUUCUGUACAUAUUGAAGAGCUUAGUGAUGGUUGUUGCUUAACAAAUAAAUGUUUGGUUUAGAGAGAAAUGAUGGAUGUGAAUUUGUAAUGAUAUUUUGAAAAUUUGGUAUUGAUUUGUCAUCCGUGUGCAAGUUACAUGAAUGAAAAUCCAUCUUAUGUUUUU